UAAUCUAUUACUUAAUCCCCACCUAAUCAAACCCAUUACAAAUCCCUAAAUAAAUAAAUUUGCAACAGAAAAACAAGUUAAUUAAGGUCCUUGUUUUCUUUCUAAUAAUAGAUGAUAGAUAAUAGAAGAAGCAUGCGCUAACACCGGAGGGCCAAGAAAACCCAUCUCUGCUCUCUCCUCAACCCAUCCUACCAAACUACAUAUAUCCCUACUCUCCCUCCCACCACCCACGUCCACCUGCUUCUAACUUGACUGCCUACACUUUGAUAAGAGCUGCAAAUUAAACAGUGCAAGAAGCAAAGAUGGCACGCCAAGUGAUUGUCCUUGCGCUCAUCUUUGUUGCCAUUUCCGGGGUUUUAGCACAAGAACCAACCUCCCCUUCAGGACCCUCACCGGCCAAUGCACCAGCCUUGUCGCCUGACGCUGCCACAUCAUCAUCAUCAUCAGCUCCUUCUCCCGGCGCCUCUGAUGCUGCCGCUGCCACCCCUGCCUCAGCCCCAACCCCUGUUAGCGAUAUAUCUUCGCCACCUGCUCCUUCCCCUGCAGGCGGCGACACCGAGGAAGCUGCCCCCGGAAGCCAGGCCACCGAAGCUGAUGAGGCAGCUGCCCCAGAAGGCAUUGUCACAGCUGAGGGACCAGUGGACCCUUCAUCAGCUGAGGAAGAUUAUCCCGUCGAUGAUUUCUCUAGGCUCAUCAAGAACUGAGGAGUUUACCUCUAAUUAAUUUAUUCAUUCAUC